CGUUUACUUGAUGCAUCGGAUAUUUGUAAACGGCAAACAUUUCAGAAAUCAUGUUUCCAUAUAUCAUAUCAGAUCACAUGAUAUACAGUCAGGUCAGUGUUGCACAGAUGUGUGUGCUGGUCACUCCUGAAGUGAAUCUUGGCCAGACCGACGGCCACUCAUCCAGUGACGUUCAUUAUUCCAGAAUUCUCAUGACAACUCUGCUCUCCACCUCUUGCAGGACCAGUCACACUCUGAGGACAGGAACGAGAUGGACCUAUAAGCAGGAGAAAGCAGAGCUGAGGCUCCUCCACCUCCUGGUGCUCCUCCCUCACUCGUGUGGUCCUUGGUCUUGUUUUUUCCUGAGGUCACACCUCCUCCAGCCUACACAGCCUGAUGUUCUCCCCAGAGCAGGAGAACAUAUCCAGCCUCCCUUCCACCAAAGUGCCCGUCAAGUAUGGAGAGCUCAUUGUUCUGGACCAGGGCUACCCAUUACAGCUGGUUUUGUCCAAUGCACCCAAACAACCUGUGGACGCUGAGAGCCAGGAGCUGGUGGACGGCUCACUGCUGGACCUCUGCGGGGCUACCCUGCUGUGGCGCACGGCCGAGGGCCUGGCACACACGCCCACCCUCAAGCACCUAGAGGUACUGCGGCAGGAGAACAAUGCGGCGCGCCCGCAGUGCCCUGUCGGCCUCAACACACUGGCCUUCCCCUCAUUGCGGCGCAAGGCGACGCCCGACGAGAUGCAGCCCUGGGCGUACCUGCGCUGCGGCCACGUGCACGGCUGCCACGACUGGGGCAGCCAGCGGCGGCACCACGAGGAGAGCCGGGGCCAGGAGGGCCGCCAGCGGGAGUGCCCCAUGUGCCGCUCCAGAGGCCCCUACGUGCCCCUGUGGCUGGGCUGCGAGGCGGGUUUCUACCUGGACAAGGCCCCGCCCACGCACGCCUUCAGCCCCUGUGGCCAUGUCUGCUCCGAGAAGACGGCGGCUUUCUGGAGCCGUAUCCCGCUGCCCCACGGCACACACACCUUCCACGCCGCCUGCCCCUUCUGCGCCCUGCCGCUGGGGGCGGAGCCACGCUACGUCAGGCUCAUCUUCCAGGGGCCGCUUGAUUAG